AUGGCUGCCGUCAAGUUUGCUGCAAAAUAUGAUACAAUUGAUGGGUGCUUUCCUCAGGAGCUAAUACAUAAAAUCUUUCUUCAAUUACCGGUAAAAUCAUUGGUUAACGUCAAAUUAGUGUGCAAAUCAUGGAAUUCCCUAAUCUCCAGUCUCGAUUUCGUAAAAUCCUAUACACGCACUUCAAACAACCGUCCCUUAACCUUGUUAUACGAUAAAAAUUUAACCCUACUUUAUUCUCUAUCCCACCGUGAAAGCGACAACCUAAACCCUACGGUGUUACAAGUAAACCCUUAUUUCCGCAACGACAUUGAAGUAAGAAUUGAUUGUGAACUUAUUGGAUCAUGUGAUGGGCUUAUAUGCACGUAUUCGCAACUCGAAGAACGUAUCUACAUCUUAAACCCUCUCACCAAAGAAAUCAAGGGAAUUUCAACGCCAUACCCUAUAAACCCUUUCAAACUUGAAAGUGUUUCAUGGUUCGGGUUCGUUCCCUCGAUCAAUGACUACAUGAUUUGGUUAGUAUUUGGCACACCAAUACUAACCCUAAAAAUCCAUGUAUAUUCAAUUAGGGAUAAUAAAUGGAGAGAAUUAGAUACGAGUAACGCUUUUGGAUUGAUCGAUAUGAAGAAGGAUAUAUUUUGGGGAAAGAAUGCGGUUAUAAAGAAUGAGUCUUUGCAUUGUUGGUUGGGAAACCGUGAAAACAAUUACAUGGUUAAGUAUGAUUUAAUCCAAGAUAUUAUCGAGGUUUUGCCGAUUAAUUUGAAUGAUAAUCAAGAUUUUAGGUAUAAUAAUCAUCCAUCCAUUGGUAUCCUUCAAGAUUCAAGUCUCUGCAUUUGUAAGAUCUACAAUCUGUCUAAUAACUAUAAUAUGUGGGUGAUGGACGCGUGGAAGUUGGAUAAAUAUAGCAAGUCGGAUUCUUGGAACAAAUUGUCCAGCCUCGAUUUGGGUUUACCACAAUCGCCCGUUGUUUCUCUUUUGGGAUUCACAUCUAAUGGGGGAAUUUUAGUAACAUCGGCGGAAAAAGAGCUCGUGCUUGUUGACCCGAAUAAAGAUCCACCUGUUCUGGUGCGACUAAGAACAAUAGUAGAUGAUUCUACGUUAUUUGAUUUGUUGGAUUAUUCGGAGAGUCUUGUUUCUCCGUUUUCAUUGCCUUAG